ACGAACAUAAUUAGUGAUGAAAACCCAAAUUGACUUCCACAUUCCUCGUGGGGAUUAAAUUAGAACUCCAGGGUACGCUACUUUGAGUUUAGCGCCAGUCUCUUUGCGGGUCGCAUCUCAGUUGGUUCCAAAGACUUCAAUUGUCUGCGACUCCUUUAAAGCUUGAGCAAUGUUUUGUCUGAAAUCCAUCUGCAUUCAUUGUGUAAGGAUGUGCACUGUUUCCUAUGUUCCAUGAUGAUCUGCAAUGGCCUCUUCCCGAUGUAUGAUGGCAGCCCGGCUAUGUUUGCUUGCCUAUUCCAAUUCUUUAGAUUAUGAGAAGGUAUAUUUUUGCCCACGGAUGGGCGAAAACGCCGCUUUGACAACUCCCGCAUGUGAGAGGGCCACUAUACGGGUCUUGCACCCGCCAAGCUCCUCUUCAUUUAGCAACUGGGUAGGGUUUUACAUUAAUCUCAAACAACCCCAUUGUGCAUACUAAAUGUCUGUAACUGAAGGCAAUGUCUAGUCACUUACCUGGCAAUGUAAACAAGUGCGAUGUAUAUUUCAUUUUAACAUAUUACUAUCUAUACACAGCUCAAUCGGCCAUCGUCCAAAU